AGAGUUGAGAAUCAUGGAGCGGCUUCAGAGAAUGUUUGCAGGUGCAGGAGGGGCGCUAGGGCACCCACCACCAGAUUCCCCCACACUCGAUUCUUCCGAGCAGGUCUAUAUCUCUUCGCUCGCCCUCCUCAAGAUGCUCAAGCACGGAAGAGCUGGGGUUCCAAUGGAAGUGAUGGGUUUGAUGCUUGGGGAAUUCGUGGAUGAGUAUACCGUACGCGUUGUUGAUGUGUUUGCGAUGCCACAGAGUGGAACUGGUGUUAGUGUUGAAGCUGUUGAUCAUGUCUUCCAAACUAACAUGCUUGAUAUGCUCAAACAGACUGGACGACCAGAGAUGGUUGUUGGGUGGUACCAUUCACAUCCUGGAUUUGGAUGUUGGCUUUCUGGUGUGGACAUCAAUACACAACAGAGUUUUGAGGCUUUGAAUCAGCGUGCCGUGGCCGUUGUCGUAGAUCCAAUACAAAGUGUUAAAGGAAAAGUAGUGAUCGACGCUUUCAGAUUGAUCAAUCCACAGACUAUGAUGCUUGGCCAAGAACCGAGGCAGACGACGUCCAAUCUGGGGCACCUGAACAAACCAUCUAUUCAAGCGUUGAUCCAUGGAUUGAACAGGCAUUACUAUUCCAUAGCCAUUAACUACAGGAAGAAUGAACUUGAGGAGAAGAUGUUGCUAAAUCUUCACAAGAAGAAAUGGACCGAUGGUUUGACACUUCAGCACUUUGAUACACAUUCUAAGACUAAUGAGCAGACUGUUCAGGAGAUGCUGAACCUUGCCGUGAAAUACAACAAGGCAGUCCAAGAGGAAGAUGAGCUGCCCCCAGAAAAGCUUGCGAUAGCAAAUGUGGGAAGACAAGAUGCAAAGAAGCACCUUGAAGAGCAUGUCUCGAAUUUGAUGUCUUCCAACAUCGUUCAAACUCUAGGAAUGAUGCUUGAUACCGUUGUCUUCUAGAGUUGUUAUUUUCGGAUCUUUCAAUUUCUCUAUUGUGAUUACUAAUUAGUUAGAAAACUGGUAAUUUAUUCACUAGUAGUUUUACAAUUAUCCCAAAACCAUAUUUGAAGACAGAUGUAUUCUUUGGACGAGCUGAAGAGGUCAAGAAAUUAAAACAGUUCAUAUUUUUUCCGGUGA